AUUCUCUGGAAUAGUUUUAGAAGAAAUUUCUGAAAAAAAAUCGGGAAGAACUUCGGAUGAAAUCCCAGGAGAUAUUCUUGAUGGAAUCUCUGAUAGAACUCUUCCGAAGACUUCCAGGAGAAAUCUUUGAAGAGAUCUCUGAAAUAAUCACAAGAAGAUGCAAGCUUCAGGAAAACUCCAAAAUGAAUUUCGGUAGAAACCCUGGAAGAUAUCCUUGAAGAUUCCUGAUAGAACUUCGAGAGAAAUUCCAGUAAGAAUUGCAGGAAAAUUCUCUGAAAUAAUCUGGAAAGAAAUGUCGAGAAAGAAUCUGGGAAGAUUUCGGAGAAAUCCCUGGUAGAAAUUCAAUGGAAAUUCCUGAACAAUUUCUGGGGGUAUCUCUUGAAGUAUUUUUAUAGAAAUUCCAAAGUAAUUUCUGAAGGCAUUCCUGGAGAAUAUUGGAAAGAAUAUUGAAGUGGUUUUGUAUGAAUUCUUAGGAGAAACAUCGAAGAAGAACGCCUGCAAUAAUUCCGGAACAAAACCCGGAAAUACGCUCAUGAUAAAUUCUUGCAGAAAAGCCUUGAUUUUGAUGACCAUUUAGUCUUGUAGAGAUUUUGAGAACCGCAAUAAAACUUUCUUUCUUUUGUUUUGGUUUUAUAAUGAAUUUAAAAACCUCUUCUAGCCUAUUCGGCUUUCUUUGCCUGCCAUUGCAUAAAUUUAUAUAUUGUGAGGCAAGGACAAUGAUACACUAUGUCCAGGGAGUCGAGAAAUUUUUCCCGACUGGAACGAGAAUUGAACCCGCUGUCUCCGGAUUGGCGAACGAUAGCCAUAACCACUAGGCUAACUGGAGACCCCCAGUGUAUAACUAGUAGGGUUAACAAAGAAGUAACAUGGAACGAGCUCACCAAGAUAAAUGUUUACUACCGCUGUUUUAUCUAUGCCUAGGCGAAUCAGGCGAAAACAAACGCAGAAAACGCAGCUGCGUACGCUCACUGAUCCAAUUCUUGCAUAAACGUAGAUCCUACAUCCGUUACUAAUCUCUAAACAGUACUUUUGGGCAAAACAAAACGCAAUAUGUGAUCAUCCACUUCAAUCACUCAAAUGGUUUAUGGCAAAACGACAGUAGGUUAAACGUGCAGGACACCGUUCACAUGAUCCCUUAUCACUAACAGCAGCGGUAUGCGAAAACAAUUUCGCCAAUCUUGAAAACACCGAUUCCAGCACGGAUCCACGGAGCAGUUUGUUCUGAACGAUCGUCGAGUCGAGAUGUUGUCUACAGCGCUAGUAGCGUUGAUAAGCUUGUUUUUGAUCACCGAAGCGGUGAGUAACGUUAUCAUACCGAGACACUACAGUGUCCUGUUUGUCACCGAUGUAGGAAAUAGAGACGGAAACUAUAGCGGAACAGUUUGGAUUUAUUUCGAUGCUGCCUCGCGGGAUGUGAGGCAGAUUGAGAUCGAGGCGAGGAAUUUGGAGAUCGACGAAGUUAAUUUGGCUGGGAAGGAGUUGGAGUUGGAGAAACAGGGACCAAAGGAUAAUGUGAUAGUGAAACUGAACGAUCAGCUUUCCGAAGGUAGGCAUCAGCUGAAUAUCGCCUUUCGGGGCUUCGCUGGCAAUGGCGAUGUGAUGUCCAGAGGAUCCUACGACAGGGGAUUCUAUCUGAUGAGUAAACCAACGAAGUCAGGGUUCGUUGCGUUUCCCAACUUAGGUGCAGAAUUGAGAACGACGUUCGACAUUUCCGUUGUUCAUCGAAAGAACUUGAAGGCAUGGUCCAAUAUGCCUCUACGGAGUCCUCCGGCACCGUACGAUCAAGAAGGUUUCGUUAUUUCCAACUUCCGACGAACUCCGGCGAUGUACGUCUACGAUGUGGGAUUCUUCGUGGCUGAUUUCGACUCCGUGAAGCUCGGUAACGUUACUGUAGUGGCUCGUGAUAAAGCAGUGCUACAAUCUACGCAGUAUGUCGCGUCACUAGGCAACGAUCUAGUGAGGAUCAUGGACGAACACACAGCCGUAGACUAUACCGAGCCCGUCCCAGACUACGUGUACAUCGUUCUUCCGCGAGACCUUCCAACCGAAAAUUUGACGGAAUUUGAAAGGUUGUUCGUCGAGGAGCAGUACAUGGUGUAUGAUCUCCGGGAGCACGACCUUGACAGAUUCUCCAAGGUCCUUCAGCGAUCAAGUUACAAGUUGAUGCUACAAUGGCUAGGGAAUUGGAUAACACCGGACGAAGAGCGACUGCAUCAGGCGUUUUCGAAUGUGUACACCUACUUCAACGCGGAAAAGGUCUACCCGGAGGAGUUUCUCAUGUUGCUGUACCAGAUGGACGUCUUGCAAGGAUCGCUGCGGUACAACCACGAAAAGCCAAGUUGUGUGCUGAACAUGUUCUGGCUGAUGGUGAUGGACGAAAAGUGGCGUAUAGUGAUGCGGAAUUUGAUGAAGAAUAGGAAACCUCGCACCUUGACGACAGCCCAACUGACUUCAGAACUGCAGACGUUAUGGCCCGAAGACUACAGCCUACCGGAAGGAGCAAAACUCGAAACGAUCUUCAAUCAAUGGAUGUACAGCGAUGAUCCUCCUCCAGUUUUGGAUGUAUACCGCUUUUACUGGGAAGGAAAGGUCGCCCUUUUGCAAAAUAGUUCCGAGAAGAUCCUUCCGUACAACUACGCCACAGAGUAUUCGCAUUUCAACCAGUUGGGGCCAUUCCAGUGGCUCACUGAUCGCUUUGAAGAAGUACAGAUCGAAGGCUCCGAGGAUCACUGGCUCAUUGUGAACAAGGAGGAGUUCGGGUUCUAUCGAGUUAAGUACGAUCAUCAGAACUGGAAGCUAAUCGCUGAUGGCCUUCGUAGGAAUGCUUCCUGUAUGCACCGUAUGAAUCGAAUGCAGUUGCUCGAUGAUGCUUUUCAUUUCGCAAAGAACGAUCAAUUAGAUGUUACCGUAUUCUUGGAAUUGAUCACGUAUCUAACCAAGGAAAUGUUCUACGUUGCCUGGUACAACGCGUACAAUAUAUUUACAUCCGGAUAUUAUCCAGAAAUUGAACCUCCAAAACUUAUCAAGAGCUUUUUCCUGCACCUGAUCGAUCCGUAUUAUCGAACGUUCGCAUCGCAACCCAUCUCCGCCAGCACUCCGCAAAUGGAGCUUCACAUACGGUCCAGAAUAGCCGGCUUAGCGUGCUGGCUUGGUGAAGAGGGCUGCCUAAGUCGCGCACGAUCACAAUUCCAGCAGGCCGUUGCCAAGAACAUCCCCGUCGAGCCCAACUGGGCCCGCACGAUCUACUGCUAUGGCCUGCGGAAUACCACCGACUCGGAGCUGGAAUGGCUGCUGAACAGCCGAUCCGACGACUUCUCCCAAUCGUCACUGGAGUACUUGCGUUGCGUCGACAACAAGAAAAAUCUGCGCCGGGUAAUGAAGGACCUGGUCAAAAGCAAAACCCCGGAAGCGAUCGUCAACUUGAUUCGGGCGCUCGACGAGAAACGAUUCAAAAUGCUCCAUUCACUGCUGACGAGCAAAGCAGGUUUCUUCCAGCAGUUGGAUGUGUCAACGGUCCGAAUUGCCCUCGAAUCCGUUACGCGAGAAACGAAAAGUCGGAAAAUACUUGCGCUGAUAGAUGAUCUGGAUGAGAAACUGAAGCUGCAGCUCCGCUUUAAGGGUGCGGGAUCAGCGGAGAAGAAUAUUUGGCAGCAGCCGGGAGCUACUUGGUUUAUCAAAGCCUACAUGAAAAGGCAUGAGUUGAUCACUUGUGAUUUCGGAAGUUGAUCAUUUGACUGCGGUUUAUCAGAAUAUGUUGGGUCGUCUCUUUGUAGCGUUUUAAUAAAUGUUAGAAAUAUCAGUUUAAUUGCGA